AUGGAAGUCACAAUUCCAAAAUGUGACAUUUUUACGUGUGAUAUUUGUGUUGAUGAGAAAUUUGCUACUAAUGAUAUGUUCAAAAUCUUAGGCUGCAAUCAUUCUUAUUGCAAAAACUGCAUUGCUAAGUACAUAUCUUCAAAGCUCCAAGAGAACAUUUCUCGAAUUUCAUGCCCCGUUACGAGUUGUAACGGGCAAAUGGAACCGCAUAAUUGCCGUUCCAUUUUGCCUAACGAUGUUUUCGUUAGGUGGGGAGAUGUGUUGUGUGAGUCUAUGAUUUUUGAGUACGAGAAAUUUUAUUGUCCGUUUAAAGAUUGUUCCGCGCUUUUUAUAAAUGAAUGCGCGGGUGUAGAAAAUAUGGUUGUUGUUAUAACUCAAUCCAAAUGCCCGGAAUGUAAGAGGUUGUUUUGUGCAAAGUGUAAAGUUCCAUGGCAUUCAGGAUUUGUGUGUGAAGAAUUUGAGAAGUUGAACAAAGAUGAAAGGGAAAUUGAAGGUUUACAACUUGUGAAACUUGUUAAGAGUGAAGAAUGGCAAAGAUGUCCAAGUUGUAGGAUGUAUGUUGGGAGGUCAGAAGGUUGUGCACAAAUGAGAUGCAGGUGUGGAUGUAACUUUUGUUACAAAUGUGGAGCUCACUCAAGUGAUCACUAUUGCAAUAGUUGUGGUACUUAG